UUGUACUCCAAUACCAAAUCGAUGUAUAAAUCGUAAAUAAACUUCAACCUAUUAAUAUUUUAUGAAAUAAACUGUAUGUAAGAUUUUUUUUGUAUUCUACUAUAAUGAUUAGUAAUAUUCGGGUCUUAGAAAAACUUUGGAUGCAGUUGGUGUGUGUCAAACAUGUGUUUUAGUGUGCGUGAGUCAUGAGGGGUGUAUUUUCUGAGGGUUUAAGUACUAGGGCGACAUGACUACGCAGGAAGCAGCAAACGUGUUCACGGACGACGAUGAGGACUUGCGCCCAAGACAGCAGAGUCUCGGCGGAGUACUUCGGAGGGAGGGCAAUUGGAAAUGCUUCCUCCUCACGCUGAUGAUUGCCGGCUGCCUCGCGUCCGUCGCCUGGUGCAAUACCGCAGAAAUCGAUAGACAACUUAUUGAUCUUACUAAGUAUCCAAUAAAGCAGACAGUUCGCGAGUCACCCUGCGACGUGGGCUACGCGUAUAUACCCAUUGCAUUCGUGCUACUCCUCUAUUUAGUGUAUUUGGUAGAAUGCUACCACAGUACAGCCAGAAUACAACUAGCAAGGCGCGUGGAUGUGGCCGCAGUGUCUGCUAGAGUACACUCUAUGAGAACUGCUACUCCGAGAGUAUGGUGGAAAGCCAUUUGUUACCACUAUGUGCGACGCAAGAGACAGGUCACCAGAUAUAGGAAUGGCGAUGCAUAUACCACAACACAGGUAUACUACGAAAGAGUGAACACCCACAGCGCGAGUACAUCUUUUGCUCAUGCCUGUUGUGGACAAAAAGACGCAUCAAGAAACCUAGUGCUGGAUACAAGUACACCUAUCACUAAAGUGAGGUUCAGCAAGGGUUUCGCCUUUGCUAACAUCGAAGCAGCUAGCGAAUUUGAAGAUCAAAGAUCAAGGUUCUUCGCGGAGCAUGAAAGAUUUGAUGAUUUCAUGGAAAUGCGUGAAGGGUUGGAUCUAAUUGGCGUCAGCUCGUUUAAAGAGUACAUGGUAGCAUAUAGGGACACCGAUCGAUGCCCGUGGUAUUCUUCACAGCUUCUAUUCUGGACUUUGUCAUGCCUUCUUUUAUCUUGGCCUCUUAGGAUUGUUAUAGAAUGCAACACAGCGUACGUGCAUUAUACGAUCACGAAAAUAUUUGGUACAAAUUACGAAUUGGAUCCGAGUCGACAGCUAGACUUGGAUACUCAUUUAUCUGAUGCACUUCCACCCGUCCCAGCCACCAACUACUCUUGGGCUUUGGCAGAUGAACAAAGUGCCGUUCUAUGUUCCGCUCCAAGACCACCUCGUACUCUCCCGCUUUCCCACGCCUCUACUGUAGAUAGUCUAGAAUUGUUCGCUGCAAUUCGAGGCAACUGUGCCAUUGUACCUUCCUAUUCAGAAGCCAUGCGUAUUGACGCGGCUCUACGAGAAGAACCAGCUGAAAGUUCCAACUCAGGUGUCGUGAUUGACAUAGAUACUGAAAGACCUUCUAGGCCGGCAAUUAAGGCUGCCUCAUUCGAUGAACCACCUAGGAGACCAAAGGUCACUAUAUCUGGGACUCAUUCUAGUAAUAACAUAGCUGGUAGCUCUAGGUCGAAUGAAGCGAAACAGCUGAACAGAAGGUCUUGGGCGGGAGUGUUAACUACAGCUCGUAGUGCGAGGCAGAUUCUAGACGACUUAACCAAUAACGUCAAUUAUGAGCAAAUUCCAGAACCCCAGGUACAAAAUAGGGAGGGCGCUAUUUAUUUUUCAAGAGAUCUAUCUCCUAUUUCGUCUAGAGAUCCGUUCGGUGGUCGAGCACAAACAACUCCAACGGACGAGCCACCCACGUAUGAGGAGGCUUUGAAAUUACCAGCUCUUAGAAAGCUAACUAGAUCUAUAACUGGGACUGAUUUCGGUGGCCCUAGACGAGCGUUUUUGAGAGAUGUUCUUUCAAAUAGAAGGUCCUGUUUAGAGGGUGUUGGCGUUUUAGCUGGAGCCAAAUCUGUUAGAGUUCCCUGUGAUGAAUCCGGCGAAGAAACGCACCUAUAGUGCUUUGUGUAAUUAUGCUAUUUUAAUGGUGCAAUACUAGUUAUAAACUAGGCUGUAAAAUGACUGAGUGACGUUAUUACUAUUAUAUUAUGUAUUUUCGGCAAUACCAGUUAAAAGAGCUUACAGUUUAUUAUUUAUUUGAUGACACAUAUUUUUAUUCAUGUAAUAAGGAAAAAAUGUUAACUUGUUCUCAAAACACGAAUGAGUUUAUUAAUUAAGCGAAACCAUUUUAAAUUACUGUAUAAUAACUGCUUCUCAUACAGAUAUUGUAGCUUAUCAAAAUAAUUUUGUGAAACAUCGUCCUUAUUAUAAGUUUCCGCCUUUGUGAGGAGAAGUCCAUUUGUUAUUUGAUGAUAAAUGGUUUUCGCUUCGGUUAUUUUUUUUAUUG